UCCAAAAAAUGGGAAAUAGUGCAAGUGAACAUCAUCAUCAAGGAGGGCGAUUUUUUCGCCCAGAAAAUCUUUCUAAUGAUCCUACAGCAUUCCGUGUAUUUAUUAAAAAGAAAAAUAAAUUCAUUCCUGGCUGGCUUAAAGUUAAUGACGAUGAAAUACUUUUUAUGCGUGGAAGUAGCCAUUUUCAAUGUUGGUCUUUGGCACAUUUACGACGUUAUGGAUAUACUUGUUCUGGAGUUUUCUUUUUUGAAAGUGGAAGGCGUUGUGCAACAGGAGAAGGAUUACAUACAUUCCAAUCACAUCAGGCAGAAAGAAUAUUUCAUAUGGUGCAAAGCAAAAUAAAAAUUGAAGAAUAUGCGCGUUAUUCUCGUCUUGGAAGCGCAGCAUCAAAUACUAAUAAUAAUACUCCAGUCAGAGUGAAUUCAUUAGUUCCAGCCCCAUUGGCAUCUCAACGUAUUCAUCCUGUUCAAAGAUUUUCUAGCGCCCCGUCACCUUGCAAUGUCCCUACACCUACUGUGCCGACUGCUCCACCUCCUUAUACAGCCUUAUAUCAAGAAGUUCGACGCGCACAACAAAAUGCUUCUCCUUCGUGCCCUUCAGUCAUUUCAGCAGUUUCUACAACGGUUGCUGGGGCCAAUUGUUGUACAAAUAGAGUAGAGAGGCCAAGAUCGGUCGUUUCAAAUAUUGAACAUGGAACUGCUAUUCAUCCUCACCGUACAAUGCGUCCACAUGCAAUAAAUGGGAACACAAGUAGUUCAACACUUAAUCAACAUAUUCUUCAACAACAACAGCAUGGUUAUAUAACCCCUUCAAUUCCUUCACAAAUGCAUCAUUCAUUGGCUAUAUCAGCAUCAGGUUCUUGUCUAAUGGAUGCUUCAUUUCAUUCUGCACUUGAUGCAAAUGGUUCAAUAACAAAUGGAGGCAGUCCUUGGGCAAGUCAGCAACAAUUGGAGAGAGGAGAAAUUGUAAUGGAACAUGUUUUGGGCAAUAAUGAAGAUUCUGCUAGCACUGGCGGAAGACGUCGACUUCUUGGUCCUGGGAGGCAUCUGUCUUCCAAUCUACAACAACAACGUGGGACAUUACCCCUUCGUGUUCCAGUUCCACCACCAGUCCAGUCAACUUCUGAUUACAAUAACCAAAGUUUAACCCAUUCUUGUGCUGCUUGUUCUCCCUCAACUUUAUCAAAUAAUAAUAAUUGUCCUCCCCCACCACCUCCUCCACGUGAUCAAAAACGUCUAAAUACACAUGCUUAUGUUAAUAUUGAUUUAAAAACAACUAAAGGACAACCAUCAAAUUUGAGUGUUCGUGAAUUGCGACAACAACAAAAGAAUAAUACCUCAACAGAUAGAAGAAUGGAAUUUUUAAUUUCUGGACCUGGAGCGUUUCAAUUAUCUUCCCCCAAUCGUUCUUGUGCAAUAAACAACAACUCGUUACAACCUCCAUCAAUAAGUUUCAAUACAAACUCUUCAACUCCUUCCUGUUCAGCAUUUUCACCAACAUCCCCAAUGCAACAUUCUUUUCAUGCAUUUUGUCCAAUUAAUAAUAACGAAAAUUUACAACAACAAUUUCAAACAUCUCCAUAUUCUUUAUCACCUUAUCGACAACAACAAAAUCAACAACAACUUGGUUGGAAUCGUCGUGAAAUAGAAGAUCCAUGUCAUCGUUUAAUGUCUCAAUCAAUUAGUGGUGCUUUACCUCCAUCUCCUAGCGGUAUUUUUCCUUAUAAUGGAAAUGGAGGUGCCAACAAUAACGACAGUCGACAAUUGUCUUUAUAUGGAAAAACUUCGAAUAGUUUGGAACAAAUUGCAACAGGAAGAACAGCUCCAGCCCCUUUACCUUUACAAUAUUCAACAACAAAACAACAAAAUGGUUAUCGUGCCUUAAAUAGCGGCAGUAGACAACAACUUCUGCAACCUAAUAAUAAUGAAGGAGGGGGAGGAAGUAGUAGCUGUUCAACAUUAAUUACAUCUUCAACAAAUACGAUGGGAGAAGAUUUAUAA